GGACGUCGAAAAAAUGACGUCACAAUACAAAACUGCGGGCCGUUGUCCAUAGAUAAAGCGCGCGUUCGUUUUUAACGUAACAUUUUAAUCAACAAUCGCACCAUGUCAUAAUUUAUAGUUAUUUAUUUAGACAAUGAGUAACGACAAAAAUACAGUCGUUAUAUCGGACGAGGAAGCGGAACUCAAAAAGCGCGGGUACGCCUUGGGAACUCAUCUGGGCGAUGGUUCGUACGCAAAAGUCAAGAGUGCCUUCAGCGAAAAACUCCAGACGCGCGUUGCUCUGAAAAUCAUUAACAGAAAGAAGGUCCCUAAGGACUUUCGAGAAAAGUUUUUGCCACGUGAACUGAAAAUAAUCGCAUGUGUAGACCAUCCCAAUAUAGUAAAAAUGUACGAAUUAAUGGAGUUUCACAAUAAGGUCUAUAUAGCGAUGGAGCAUGCCGGACAUGGUGACCUUCUGGAGUUCAUCAAACUGCGUGGAGCGAUCCCAGACGACAAGGCCAAGGUCAUGUUCCGCCAGGUGGCCGAGGCGAUCAACUAUCUGCACGAGAAAUACGUAGUACAUCGAGACCUGAAAUGCGAGAACCUUCUCUUAGACAACAACAACAAUAUCAAGGUCAGCGACUUCGGAUUCGCGCGCACUUACGUGGCUGGGGAUAUCAGUCGGACCUUCUGCGGGAGCGCCGCCUAUGCAGCGCCGGAAGUGCUCCAGGGUCAGCCGUACCACCUUCCGCUACACGACGUUUGGUCGAUGGGUGUCAUCCUCUUUAUAAUGGUUUGCGGGUCCAUGCCAUACGACGAUUCUAAUAUCAAGAAGAUGGUGAAAGAUCAACUAGAGAAGAAAGUCUCUUUUUCAAAGACCAAGAAAAUCAGCGAAGACUGCAAAGCCUUGGUACACAGCAUUUUGGAGGUCAACUGUAAAAAGCGCGCCACCGUCAAGCAGAUUUUAGAGCACACGUGGCUCAACUCACCUACCACACCGGGGACUUAAUUGUUCUAAUACUUAAGCAAUACAUGUACAAUAUAUUGACAACAACUUAACAAAUCUUUUUUAUUCAACCUGAUUGACAUGGACUAUUUCUUAGAAUAAAUAAUAUUAUAUGUA